GCUGGCUCCCGGCAGCAAGUCCUAGCUCCAGCCUCCCGACUCCAAGGGGACAGUUUCUUCUUAAAGGAGAAACGGCGGCGGCGCGCGAGGUGGGCCCCGGUUCUCCCGUGGCUCUCGGAGCGAGCACGCGGGACCGGGAGGCGCAGGCGCAGUGUGGCUUAAGGCGGGUUGGGGCGCGCAGCAGGCCCGGGGCGCGCAUGGCCUCUCCGGUGGCAGAUGCAUCCCGCCGGCGGAGGGAGAAGCGCAGACAGCUGGACGCGCGCCGCAGCAAGUGCCGCAUCCGCCUGGGCGGCCACAUGGAGCAGUGGUGCCUCCUCAAGGAGCGACUGGGCUUCUCCCUGCACUCGCAGCUUGCCAAGUUCCUGCUGGACCGGUACACCUCUUCAGGCUGUGUCCUCUGUGCAGGUCCAGGGUCUGUGCCCCCAAAGGGUCUGCAGUACCUGGUGCUCCUGUCUCAUACGCACAGCCGGGAGUGCAGCCUCGUGCCCGGGCUUCGGGGGCCUGGAGGUGGAGACCGGAAGCUUGUGUGGGAGUGCUCAGCAGGCCACACGUUCUCCUGGGAACCUUCUUUGAUUCCUACAUCUUCAGAGAUGCCUACACAGGCCCCCCUCACACACACUCCUGAGGGGACCUGGUGCUCAGAGGCUCGGAGGAAGCAGGAGCCUGAAGGAUUGGGAUGUGAACAGCAGGAGAGCGCUCAAGACACCAGGCUGUCCAGGGGAAUAGAAUCCUCGCUGGAGACCUUCCCGCCCCCAGGAGAGGACCAGGAUGUGGAAGAGGAGGAGGAGGAGGAGGAAGAAGAGGAAGAGGAGCUGCUCAGUGAUGCCAGCCCAUGGACCUACAGCUCCUCCCCAGAUGACAGUGAACCAGAUGUCCCUAGGCCACCCCCAUCCCCUGUUAGCCACACACCUGAGGAGGGAGAGAUCCCGCCAGUGCCUGCAACGCUCCCCACUCCAUGUGCUGUUCAUGCUGCUUCGAGCUCCAUAGCUGCUCUGACAUCAGAUGCUGAGGUGCAGCUGGGACUCAGCAGGACCCCUCAGGCCUCUGCAGAGCUGCAAAUGACUGAGUCUCUGGACAGCCCUGGGAGUCAGGCCCAGUCUGCACCGCACCCGACCUGGGAUGAGGACACUGCCCAAAUUGGGCUCAGGAGAAUUAGGAAAGCUGCCAAAAGAGAGCUGAUGCCCUGCGACUUCCCUGGCUGCGGAAGGAUCUUCUCCAACCGGCAGUAUUUGAAUCACCACAAGAAAUACCAGCACAUCCACCAGAAGUCAUUUUGCUGUCCUGAGCCAGCUUGUGGGAAGUCCUUCAACUUUAAAAAGCACUUGAAGGAACACGUGAAACUACACAGCGACACCCGGGACUACAUCUGUGAAUUCUGUGCUCGUUCUUUCCGCACUAGCAGCAACCUUGUCAUCCACAGACGAAUCCACACAGGAGAGAAGCCCCUGCAGUGUGAGAUAUGUGGGUUUACUUGCCGUCAGAAGGCCUCCCUAAAUUGGCACCGACGAAAGCAUGCAGAGACUGCAGCUGCCCUACGCUUCCCCUGUGAAUUCUGUGGCAAACGCUUUGAGAAGCCAGACAGCGUGGCAGCUCACCGCAGCAAAAGCCACCCAGCCUUGCUCUCAGCACAGGAGUCACCUGGCUCUUUGGGGUCUAGUCCCAAUGUCUCUGCCCCUGAGCCCCUGCAGUCCCCUGAGGGGGUUAGCCUCUGCACCUCUCCUGACUCUAAUCCUGAACCCUUAACAGCCAUCUCUUCACCUGGGGUACCAGACCUCAGGGACACAGAGAAAAGUCAGGUGAUGGUCCCCAGGAACUAGGGUAUUGGAAUGCAGUUGAGGGUAGGGCACGGCUGGGUUCCAGAUACCUGUUUUAGCCUUCAAGGAAACAAUAAAUGGCAUUUUACACAAGUGUGAGCAGAGUAUAUGCUUCUGUGCUACAGAUGUUAGGAUCUUGGAGUCUUU